CGGCGAUAGGCUGCGGCCAUGCGGAGCGGCGCGGGGCUGCUGCUGGCGCUGGGCGCCGCGGGGGUGCUGCUCCUCCGCCUCCUCCUCCUGCUGCCGCGGCGGGCCCGCCGCGCCCUGCCCGAUGAGAAUGGAGAUGGAGCCAGGGAGCUGAGGAACAUGAAGUCUGACAGGAUGCAGGUGCUACAGAUGGAUGUGUGCAGUGACCAGGAGGUGGCUCGGGCUGUGGAUUUUGUGAAGAGGACCCUGAAGGAGCCAGACAAAGGUCUGUGGGGCCUAGUGAACAACGCUGGCAUCUCAACCUUCGGAGAAGUGGAAUUUGCAAGUUUAGACAACUACAAGAAGGUGGCAGAGGUCAACCUAUGGGGCACUGUGAGGGUGACAAAAGCUUUCCUGCCCCUCAUUCGCAGAGCUAAAGGCCGUGUGGUGAAUAUCACGAGCAUGUUGGGGCACAUGGCGAGUCCCUCUCGCUCCUGCUACUGCGUUUCCAAGUUUGGGGUGGCGGCGUUCUCCGACUGCCUGAGGCAGGAGAUGUACCGCUGGGGCGUCCGCGUCAUCCUCAUCGAGCCCAGCAACUUCGUGGCAGCCACGGGCAUCCUGACGGCAGCCGGCGUCGACAGGCAGGCCGAGGCUCUGUGGAGCGGCGCCACCGACGCCGUGCGCGAGGACUACGGCAGAGAGUACUUCACUCGCCACGUGGCCCUGAUGAAGUCCUUCGUGAACAGUGGCCUGAAGGACAUGUCUCUGGUCUUGGAUGACAUCGCCGAAGCGCUCACGUCCCCGUGCCCGAAGAACCGCUACAACCCCAUGGAGACCUACUGGUGGGUGAGGCUGCAGGUCAUGACCCACCUGCCCACGGCCAUUGCCGACUGGCUUUACAUCCCUGGAGCCACCCUGUGAACAGGCAUCCUUCAGGCAUCCCUCCAGGGCUCCUACUCACUCACAGCUAGGGCUCACCUCUGCACUCCUUGCUGCUGCGUCUCCCCUGGAGAUGCAUGUGCUUCCACUUUGAGUUGUGGCAUCAAGUUGUGUGUUGUGAAAUGCUAGAACAGCGUGGUUUUUUAGUUCUUUUUUAUUUCCUCAUUCUUGUUGUUUGUAUUUCUUGCUGUGCUGAUCAAAGUUGAAAGGUGUUUUCCUUUUAACUAUGGAGGAAGCAGAGGAAGGUAAAUAUAACAUGAAAUAUGUGGCUAGUGUAAUUAGGUCAGCAGAUAAACUUGGCUUAUUAAUGGGCUGUUGCUUUCCCUUACAAGGACAAACUGUUAAUAGCAGAGCAAAGCUGUUGCUAUGAGAUGGCUUGAAGGGAGAAACUAAAAUGGGAAACAAAAGCAGAGUUUUCCAUUUGGUUGAAAAUGGGUCAGUCACAGCCUUCCAUUGUUUUCCUGAUACUGCCAAGAAGCUGUGCUGUGCUAUGACUGUCUGCUCUUUCCAGGGAAACAGCAACACUGCCUCUAAACUGCCUCAUUACUUGCUGCAAAGAAGGGUUCUUCCCUCCCAGCACUGUGGCCAGGAGAUGCCAGAGCCAACAACUUGCAGUUGUUGGCUCUGUUUUUUUUUAUUUUUUCACUGCUCAGUUUUCACAGAACAGUGAAAAGCCAUACUAAUAAUGAGGUCUGAGCCACCUCUCAGCAGCCCCUCUCCACCUGCUGCUGCUGAGCUUUGUGUGGGACAGGGUUUAAAGUGAUGUAGCAAGCAAAUUUGGCUUCCCUGACUACUGCCUUAUGUGCCUGACCUAUGUGAGGGAUAUGCUGUUGGCUUUUCCUCUGCAUUUGAACAGUGAUGGGUCUCUGUGCAGCUAGUGUGGCCUGACUAUGAGCUCUGGAAGGAUGCUUUAAGGGACACAUUUCCUAUUUCUAAUAUUGCACAAUGAAAUCUCCAUGUCACACAAUCAUCUUCUCAAUCUACCUCUUGAUAACUGAUAUGAUAUAUCUUGCCCAGUAUCCUGAAGGGUUUCUUCUGUUGGCCAUGUGCAGGAUUUUGAUAAUGUUUUCCAAGUGCAUGGCUGCCUGCCAUGCCCCAUUCCCUGUGUUCUGGUGGUGACCACUGGUGGAGCAGCCAGUGAGCUGCAGGUGCUGCUGGCCAGGCUGGGACCUCAGCCUCUUACUCUUAGGGACCAGCUUUUCCUCCCACUGUUUUGCCUUGUGUGAGAUUAAGUGGCUGUGAAAAGAGCUUAUUGAUUGCUCUUUCUUCAUCUGUCUCCACUAGCUCUGACUUGGAAACUGUGCCUUAAACUUUUUGCAUGCCACUGUCUGCAAAUUGUUGGAGUCUGCAGGCAGCCAUGGAUGCUGUGAUGCCUUCAGGAGGAAAGCAGGUUUCCCUUGGAGAUGCUGUCAAGGCAGCUUGUCUUACAAGUAACAACUGCUAGAAAUACUGCUGUGCAGUUUGUGUCUUUUCCAGAUCAUCUGCACAUGGAGAUUUCCUGGGAUUUGAGACCCAGAAGGAUCCCACUGAACUGCAGCUUAAACAGUAAUCACUUCUGCCCCCUGCACUGUGAAAUGUGAUUAAUGUUAAGUAGCUCUGAUUUGCACAGAGAGAAAAAUAAACUAAGAUUUUUAAAGCAUAUGUCUCUGCUCCAGUGCUCAUUUCUACAUUUGUUUUCCCACCUCUUUUGAAUCUGAGGUUGUGAUUUAAUUAGGUUCAGUAAUUAAGGAGGUGGUUUAAUAAUAACAAUUAAUGAUGUUUCAGCAGAUAGUAGGACUGUGAAGGCUAAGUGAGAACUGCCUGGAGCAGAAUGGGCAGCAUGGCCCAUUUCCUCAGCAGAAGGCAGUUAGAGAGGCCUCUCUGUAAACACAGGCACCGUCACUGUUUGUAUUUUGUGUGGUUUCCCUCGAAGGAGGUAGUUUAGAGCAGUGCUGUGCAUUAUUCAUUGCCUCAGCACUCUUCAUGUAACUAAUCCAAGGGCUACAGCUGCCUGGUAAAAAGGAUUAGCUCCUCUCACAGAUAGAACGGAGACUGGCAAGCCAAGAAGUGUCCC